CUCAUGGUUUGUUUACGGUCGACGAUCUUCUUCAGUGGCGGCUAGUGAUACUCGCAAAACUGGACGACAUGGAUUGGGUUCAGCUUAAGGGGCACAAAUGCCAUUUUGUGAAGGCCCGAAUGCGUAAUGGAAACGGUGAAACUGCAUUCAUCAGUUUAACGGAUUUGGCGUACAUAUGGACAUGCACGUUUCGGCAAGAGGACAUUAUCCAAGAAGCAGAGAGAAACAGAUGUCCCAUUGAUCCCGUAAACACAUACGACGAGCUGAUGGAGGCACUGGAGAGAUUGUUAAUGGACAUUGGAACACCCAGCCGAACACAACUCUGCCUAAGCGAUGACAGAGGAAGCAUUGACCUUCUCUGCCAAGGAAGCGUACACAAUAUCCAACUCGAAUGGCGAUGGAGACUAUGGAUGGAGCCGCCAGAGACACUACUCAAACAGGUUUGGUCAUACACUGUCCGCGGUCUUUUACAGCAAACCUCAUUCUCAUCUGGCAGCAUCGAGGCCACCGUUAGAGAUUACUAUGCACAGCUCCAAAGUGGCCAGUGGACAAAAGAAGCAACCGAAGAACGAAACGCCCGUUCUUCACCAGGUGCAGAAUCAACAACGCCCACGAAACGAACGAGCUUACGAGACUUAAUCACGCCUUCUCCGAAAAGAUUUAAGGUCCAACAACCUGAAUUCAAGACAGCUAAUGACGAGUUUUUGGAUAGUUAGAUCGCUUAAGGUUACGUACGGUUUGACGAACUUAUGUUUGUGUUUUAGAGUUUUUUUUUUCACCAAGGCUUUAAAAUGUUUGUGCUCAAUGGAGACACCGAGAGGGUUAUCCGAAUAUUGCUGCGAACAGCAACACGAAGAUGUGGACCCUCGGUGUACUAUGAUUCACGCUUAUUCUAGCAACAAAUGUAACUCCGCAGAUAUGCCCCCGUCGCAAAACGCAACGCAAGACACUCCUGCCGCUUUGGAAGAAGCGACCACGAAGCUAUUAGUAGUUGCAGGCUGCCAAUACUUAUUCAAAGCGCGCCUGAAUUUAACUCGUUUCCAUGUUUUAGUCCACAAAAAGAACAUCUUGUAAUAACCAUCGGGAUUUUGCUAUUAGGAAUUGCAAUGACCAGCAUUAACAAAAAGAGGCGACCGAGUGCAAGAAUGAGGGAGUAAGGGGAGAGGACACAGCAUCCUCGAACUGAAGGAUGCAAGAGAGGAAACACGAGCACAGAUGCCUGAUCGUUACUCCAUACUCGUAUUCAGCACUAGCGCUCUGCUAUAACACUUCGACAAACUGCUCGGGUAUAAGACCUGUUUUUCCUAGUCCAUUGUUAGAUUCACAAAACGACGAGUGCGUGUGUGCCAAGGCCGUUCCUUUUAUACUGACCAUAGCUUCACAAAGCCUCACACACGAAUUUUCCAGAACUCGAGCGGACCAUUUCAUCUGUGCCCAUCUCGUGAAACAGUCCUGCUCGCUACGGCUCGGAAAAAUUGGUGCGAUGAAACCGAUGAGACUGGUCUGCAAUUCCGGCCCGGUCACACAUCGAGUGCAAGUCACAGCUCCAAGGGUACCAGGGUUGGACACCCCGUGUUGCGGUGCCCUUGAAUGGGCGUGAGUACGUACCUGUAGUGGGAUCAAAUGCAAUCAGCCAGCCCUCACCAUAGUUAUAGAGAAUCCAAAGUUGUUGACCUUCUUUAAAUCCAAGCUCGUUCUCGUGCUGAGGCUCGAAAGCGAACAUAGCCACAGCCUGUGCAAUAACCUCGGCGGGAAGCGACUGCUUUUUCUGUCUGUUCUGCUCAGACGAAUCCGCAGAGGGCCAAGAUUCAUCACUAACUCCUUCUGGGCCGUCCGCCCCGGCCACAAGCCGCUUUGAGCCUUCUUGUGCGCCUCCGUUUCCAUUACCAUAGUCGGCUCCUUCUCCGUAAGUGUCGUCGUCGAACUCGUUCGUAAAAUAGUCUUCAGUAAAGCUCACUGAGUUUCUGUCUUCAAUCAGUUCGCUGUGGAACCCCAAAAACAACGUGUCCGUCUCUGGAUAUUCAUAGUCUCGUGCAACCGUCUCAUGUUUUGAUUUCUCGGUCUCAUCGCACAUCUAAGACUAUUCUUCUUCAAUACUGUGGGAUUGGUAUUCCAUAAAAUCGUAAUGUCGGUGUGGUGCGUGUGUGAAAAACCUUCAGCUCAAAGAAGAACUCGCUAGCAGACCAGAAAGGUGUAG